CAUACCUCCCUGGUUCUAUUGGUUCUUUCAAACGUUGCUCUUGCGUUUAUGAACACGAAAAAGUAAGUUAGGUUACAUGCGCAAGGUGUCAAGGGAGGAAACUGGUAUAUUACGUGACGCUCCAACUUCAUUACUUUCAUCAUCAUGGAAGAAAGAGAGAUAAAGAGAUAACUGGGCCUGCAAUUUCCAAGUCAAAGCAAGUCAAUCCAAUUUCAGUUAAUUGAAUAAAGAAUGACAUGAUUGAUUGAGUGUUGUUGCAGAGGACUCUUCAGAAUUAUUGUUCCCCUUCACUUAUCGUAUUUGAACAGUAAUCUUAGAGGCCCAUUUUUGUUCUACAUCCCUCCUCACCAACCCUGCUGUCCAACGUAGACAACUUAGGACCAUUUGCGUCCUUUGACCUCCUCCCCUUUCAUCGGUGGCCUGCUCUGUUGGUGGUGUGUUUGUGUGCGAUGGCACGGUGGGAUGCUGAGGGCUGCUGCGGGAGACUGUGAUGUCAGAGCACAACAGCCCAGGCGAGAGCCGGCGUGGCGCUCCCAGAUUCUUCGUGGGCUGCGAAGACGAUGAGAGCGAGUUCUUGGAGGAUACCAUAAAAACAGACAUGGAACUGUAUGAGGACGAUGAAGACACAGACUCUCCCCCUGAGCAACAGAUUGUGGUGGGCAUAUGCUGCAUGUUGAAGAAGUCAAAGUCCAAGCCAAUGACCCAAAUCCUGGAGAGGCUUUGCAGAUUUGAGUACAUCACUGUGGUCAUCUUUCCAGAGGACGUUAUCCUCAAUGAGCCAGUGGAAAACUGGCCACUGUGUGACUGCCUCAUCUCCUUCCACUCUAAAGGAUUUCCACUAGAUAAAGCAGUGAGCUAUGCAAAACUAAGAAACCCUCUGCUCAUCAACGACCUGAACAUGCAAUACUACAUACAGGACAGGAGAGAAGUAUAUCGCAUCCUGCAAGAAGAAGGGAUAGAUCUUCCACGCUAUGCUGUGCUGAAUCGUGACCCAGAUAAACCAGAUGAGUGUAAUUUGGUGGAAGGAGAGGACCAUGUGGAGGUGAAUGGAGAAAUAUUCCAGAAGCCUUUUGUUGAGAAGCCUGUCUGUGCUGAGGAUCACAAUGUCUAUAUCUAUUACCCUACUUCUGCUGGUGGUGGGAGCCAACGUCUCUUCAGAAAGAUUGGGAGCAGAAGCAGUGUGUACUCACCAGAGAGCAAUGUAAGGAAGACUGGCUCUUACAUCUAUGAAGAGUUUAUGCCCACAGAUGGCACAGAUGUUAAGGUAUAUACUGUGGGGCCUGACUAUGCUCAUGCCGAAGCUAGAAAGUCUCCUGCUCUGGACGGGAAGGUUGAGCGAGACAGUGAGGGCAAGGAGGUCCGUUACCCUGUCAUGCUGUCAGCUAUGGAGAAACUGGUUGCCCGGAAAGUCUGUUUAGCCUUCAAGCAAACUGUUUGUGGGUUCGACCUUCUUCGAGCAAAUGGGCACUCCUAUGUGUGUGAUGUCAACGGUUUUAGUUUUGUGAAGAACUCUAUGAAAUACUACGAUGACUGCGCUAAGAUUCUAGGGAAUAUUGUGAUGCGUGAGCUAGCGCCUCAGUUUCAGAUUCCAUGGUCUAUCCCUACUGAAGCAGAGGACAUUCCAAUUGUUCCGACUACUUCAGGGACCAUGAUGGAAUUGCGCUGUGUGAUCGCUGUCAUCCGGCAUGGAGACAGAACACCAAAGCAGAAGAUGAAGAUGGAAGUUCGCAAUCCCAUGUUUUUUGACCUAUUUGAAAAAUAUGGAGGCUACAAAACUGGGAAAUUGAAACUGAAGAAACCAAAGCAACUGCAGGAGGUGCUUGACAUUACACGGCAGUUGUUAGCAGAACUGGGUCAACACAAUGACUGUGAGAUAGAAGAGAAGAAAUCCAAACUCGAGCAGCUGAAAACCGUUCUAGAAAUGUAUGGACACUUUUCGGGAAUCAACAGGAAAGUGCAGCUGACAUACUUGCCCUAUGGACAGCCCAAAACCUCGAGUGAAGAAGAAGACACACGAAAAGAAGGUCCAUCUCUACUGCUAGUACUGAAGUGGGGAGGGGAGCUUACACCUGCUGGCAGGGUACAAGCUGAGGAACUUGGAAGGGCCUUCCGCUGCAUGUACCCUGGAGGACAAGGCGACUAUGCUGGCUUUCCUGGUUGUGGUUUGUUGCGGUUGCAUAGCACCUACAGACAUGACCUAAAGAUAUAUGCAUCGGAUGAAGGGAGAGUGCAGAUGACUGCUGCAGCUUUUGCAAAGGGUUUGCUGGCCCUGGAAGGUGAACUGACUCCCAUUCUAGUGCAGAUGGUGAAGAGUGCUAACAUGAACGGGCUGCUAGAUAGCGACAGUGAUUCGCUGAGUGGUUGUCAGCAUCGUGUCAAAGCCAGACUCCAUGAGAUUCUACAGAAAGACAGGGACUUUAUAGAUGAAGACUAUGACCGGCUGGCCCCAACAUGUAGUGCAUCAUUGGUGAAUUCCAUGAAAAUAGUCCAGAACCCAGUGGGCACUUGUGACCAAGUUUAUGCACUCAUCCAGAGCCUUACUGCACAGAUCCGCAAAAGAAUGGAGGAUCCCAAAUCAGCUGACCUGCAACUUUACCACAGUGAAACACUGGAGCUGAUGUUGCAGCGAUGGUCCAAACUUGAGAGAGAUUUCCGCAUGAAAAAUGGCCGCUACGAUAUCAGUAAAAUACCUGACAUUUACGACUGUGUAAAAUAUGAUGUCAUUCAUAAUGCUACUCUGGGUUUGGAGGACACACUGGAGUUGUUCAGACUUUCUCGUGCUUUGGCCGACAUUGUGAUCCCGCAGGAAUAUGGCAUAAAUAAAGAUGAAAAGCUGGACAUUGCAUAUGCCUACUGCCUUCCACUGGUCAGAAAGAUUCAGCUUGACCUUCAGAGGACUCAUGAGGAUGAGUCUGUCAACAAGCUGCACCCUCUAUACUCACGCGGGGUGAUGUCGCCAGGACGACAUGUGAGGACACGUCUAUAUUUCACCAGUGAAAGCCACGUCCACUCUCUGCUGAGUAUUUUCCGCUUUGGUGGUUUACUUAAUGAAGAGAAAGACCAGCAGUGGAACCGUGCCAUGGAUUACCUUAGUGCUGUUUCUGAACUCAACUACAUGACUCAGAUUGUCAUUAUGUUAUAUGAGGACAACAAUAAGGAUCUCUCAUCAGAGGAACGUUUCCAUGUGGAGCUUCACUUUAGCCCAGGAGUAAAAGGUGUUGAGGAAGAAGAGAAUGCACCCACUGGCUUUGGAUUCAGGCCAGCCUCUGCAGAGGUAGCACGACAGAAUGGGCAAAAACAGGCAGACCCAGGAAGCCUGGAGGACCUCUCACGUGAUGAGACAGACAGAGCUGUCCAGCUGUCUGAGCCCAUCACCAUUCAGAGAAGAUCACCGCUUAUACGUAACCAUAAAACUGGUUCCAUGGAGGUUCUGGCAGAGACUUCAUCCUCAAAAGUCGGGAGUUAUCGGCUCUUCUCGUUUUGCUCUCGUCAAUCGCCAGACAUUAAACAAAGUGGUUUAGGCUCUCAGUGUGCCGGGCUGUUCAGCACCACUGUCCUAGGUGGGUCCUCUAGUGCCCCUAACCUGCAGGACUACGCACGCGCACACCGCAAAAAAUUCUCCACCAGCAGUCUGUCCUACAAAGACGAAUUGUUGUCUAUGCCGGCAGUAAAGCGAUUUUCUGUGUCGUUUGCAAAGCAUCCGACUAAUGGCUUUGAAGGAUGCUCCAUGGUACCCUCCAUCUAUCCUCUGGAAACUCUACACAACUCAUUGUCACUCAAACAGGUCAAUGAGUUCCUCACAAGUGUGUGUGAGAGUGCCGGAGAUCCUCAUACAAGGACCACUAGAGCUUUGUCAGCAAUGUUUGGUGGACACAACCAUCCAUCAGGGGACGGUUCAUACAUCCCCCACAGAGUCCUCUCCUCCUCUCUCAGGUCUCGUUCAGAUAAACCCCCGUGGUAUAGCAGUGGUCCAUCCAGUACCGUAUCCAGUGCUGGGCCAUCUUCUCCCACGACUGCUGACACCUCUCCACGUUUCAGUUUCAGUGAUAAGAUCUCCCUUACUCCUCAGAGUAGUGAGGAAACUCAUUCCUCUCAAAACCUCCCACCACAGGCAGCACCUCCACUGGUUUCACAAGCAAUUGACCCAAAUUUCUCAGAGGUUUCAAACCGCUAUGAAGCACCACAGACACCAAAUAACUCACCAGAGGAGUCUAGUGAGCAAUGCAAUAUUAGGGACGGCCAAUUUGAAUCUCCCACACACACACAUGAAGGUCAAGAGGUGACUUGUUCAACUGUGGACCUGCCUAGUGGUAAUGUUGUAGAUGCUGGGUUGAGGGCACCCUGUUCUCCACUAGCUGAGCUCUCUGUAGGUCGGAUGGAAGGCUUCUGUCUCCCAAGCUCGUUACCCGUGCUGCUGGAGCUCCGAGAGAGCAGCAGCGAGGCUGGUUCCAGCUCCCAGACGCCCAUGUCUCCUGAAGGACACGAUGAGUUUUUCGACACCCAGGAAUUGGUGGACUUAUGGAUGGAUAGUCCUGAGAGCCCCCCGGAAUCGGAGACAUCUCAUGAGCAUAAAGUUGAUCCCCCAGCAGAGGUGUGAACCUACAAAGAUGAACAAGAAAUUACGACAGACAUCAAUUCAUUUAUUAUGCAUGUACCACUAGGUACUGAGUAGAAUAGCUCUCUCCUUUCGUCUCGGGCACAUUGUAACAUUAUCUGUAUAGACAUCCGAACAUGAGCAUAAUCUUUCAAACUACAGUUCCAGUCUACUGGAGUUUCAACUCUUGCGUUAAACCCACUGCUUGCUUACUUGAUUUACCUUUCUUAAAGAUAAGACACCUUAAUUUUGCUCAGUCAUCCAGCAAGUAACUUGAUGGAAAUGCUUUUACCAACACCUUAUGGACAAAUAUCUCAAUGUUCCGCGAUGCUUUUCAGUAAGUUACGAGUGUUGAAAUGGUGGUUGAAGGUUGUGUAUUUUACGUAUACAUACAGACUAAGCACUGACAGUAGAACCUUUGAAAAGAGGUUGAACACUGGUACCUUGACUUAUUUGUGCACCAACUUGAAAGUGUUCCAAGUGUUUUGAACGUUGUCUGAAACUAACAGAAGUUAUAAUUCAUAUAUAAACAUAAAUUGUGCUGAUGAGCCAAAAUAUGAUGUGCAGUUGGAGGACGCUACACAAAUCCCACUUCUAGAUGACAGCAGUGGAUCUCACAACAUCCAUCUAGCAUCCCAUGUUUCCCAUACAUGACCUCAGUCACAUAACAAAUUACAUUCUUCAGUUAGGGUACCACUAUUUGAUUUUGUCUAUAUUUAUCACUCUACAUUUUACCCCUCAAAGUAUCAUAAAGAUGGCUAAGAAUAAGUCUACUCUUUCAGGGUUCAUUUUGCAUAUCCGGUCAUUCAGUAUAUGGGAGUAAUACUGUCGUUGGCUCUUAACUCCAUCUUCCCGUCUUACCUGACAAUGUUGUUGCUUGUCCAGAGCUGCUUGAACAAAAUUUCUGCAAGUAAGUGAAAUUGUGUGUGCAGUAUUGUUAGAGCCCUCAAUGUCUUUCAAUAUUUCCAGUGAGAAAAGAUUUAUUUUGACAAAGGAUUUUGGUGAGAACGUGCAUUGUUUGUUGUAAAUUGUCUUAAUAAACACAAAUACUCAUAACUACUUUAAUAAGGACUCACAUUUUGCUGCGGAGGUGCAUCUAUUGACAUUUUGCUGCGGAGAUGCAUCUAUUGUGGCUAGCAGUUAUGUAGCACACAUGAAUGAGAAGGGCUGCACAUGUGCUCUUCGGGCACACAAGGAAGCUUAUGUGUACUUUAUCUGGGAUCCUAUGCUGUGAAAUGGCAUUGAGUUGAAACUGUACAAACAUCUUGUCUUUGUGCACUGGGAAAAUAAUGGCAGCAUUGAUUGCGUGUGUGUGCUACUUUUUGCUUUUUUGCAGUAGGUUGCUUGUUUUUCCUUUCUCAAUAUUAUUGAAUUGUUCUAUGUGUGCAUUCUGCCACCUUCCAUGCUAAGGGAUAAAGACAAAAAUGAUGAAAAUUUUAAUUUAAAGAAAGUAUGUACAGGAAAGAGCAUCAUUUCAUUAUUUUUGGUGACCUGAUCUCGUAAUAAACACCAAUAAAGUGGCUCCUGGAAGUAGGUUGUUCAA